AUAAAUUCUUCCUUUAGUCUGGCCAACACAAAUGUACUUUUAACAGUUGGUAGACAUGCAGCAUGUUAAAUUAAGACAUGUUAGCAUGGGCUGUCUUCCAGAGUGGUUAGCUUGGGAUUUGAACACUGUUCCAAACAUUUCUUCUGCAUAUUCAGAGGAAGCACUUUGAAUGAGGUAAUUGUCUGCCAUACAAGUGUUGGUCUUACAAACUUUUGUUUUUUAUUCUACCAUUUCUUUGUGCCACAUGGCAGUGGCAUGCACUGACAGACUUAGUUUCUUAGGUUUGCUAGAAGAACUUUCAAUUUUUUUUUUUCAUCAAAAUUCCCAGUGUCUCUCUUGAGAAAACAUUUUUGUUAGGAAAAAUAAUAAUAUUAAUGGACUUCAUUAGUACAGACUUCUGACCAUAAAGAAACACUUUUUUACUGUGAGUGAGUGCUGGAACAGAUUGCUCAGAGAGACUAUAGAAUAUCCAUUUUUGGAGAUAACCGAAAGUCAUCUGUUGGUGGUCCUGAGUGGCCUGCUCUUAGGUGACUCUGCCUGAGCAGGGAGAUGGACAAGGUACCUCCAGAGGUCUCUUUUGAUCUCAAUCAUUAUAUGAAUUGAAAUUUUAUAACUGCCUGGUAAAAUCUUUAAUGCUCUUACCAAUCUUACUGUGACAGCGAGCCAUUAAAUGAUACUGGAACCAAACUUGAUGAGCACUUGGAGCUCCUGCUGGCCACAUCAGGGGUUUGGCUCUGUGCCCUGCUGGGGAGGCCAGCCCUGUGUUCCCAGUGGCUGUGUCAGCCCAUGCAGAUUGUACAUAGUGUGGUACCACUCUGAUUGUGAAUCCUAAGGGUUAUUUUAUCUUGUGCAGAACAUACUAUUACUUUAAAACUAUUUAAGAUCUUAUUUCAGAGCAAAAGUGUUUAAAAUGCUAAUUUUUGUCUUCUUGUGCUAUAUGACAGUUUCAUGUUUAACCAACGUUUAUCUGCAUAGGAGUGACAUAGCUGUGAGCAUCUCUCUGGUAUCUGUUUGAAGAGGACACUGUUGGGGGGCCCAGGUAUUUCUUUUAUAUUUUAUAGUUAUAGAGGUGUCCGGACUCUGUAAUGGUCAAAGAUUUCCAGUAGAAGAGGAUGAGACAAGAAUUAAAUGCAUGUGGGAGACUCUGGACCUAGGCACCUCAUGCUUUUGAUGCUAGCUGGGAGGGAGCUUGAUAAACACUUUUGUCACCUUUUCGUAGAAAAAACAGAUUUGUGCAUCUGUACUUCCAAACAGAGUUUGUACAGAGGGAAAAUUCUGAACAUGGCUUGAUUUGCUCUUGGUCUUAGCAGUGUUUCUGAUGAGUGUCCCACGGACUCUGUCAAGUUCUGGGGGUUCUCCUCUAGCACUGAGGAGCAGAACCCUGAGCAGCAGCCUGGGAUCAGUGGAAACAUUUCUCCAUCAUUUUCCUUAAAAGAGCAGCUCAAGAUGAGUGAUUAUUCUGGACUUCCAAGUGGCCAUAGCCAGAUGAUUGCUGAAGAUUCAGAAAUUCAAGCAAAGCCUGAACACUCUCAUGAAGUUCUUCAGGAAGAUAUUGAAAUGAGCAGUGGCUCCAGUGGAAAUGACUCCAGUGGAAACGACUCCAGUGGAAAUGACACAAAUGAAAACUAUUCAAGUGGGCAUGAUUCUCAUGGUCAUGAAUCUGAUGAAAAUGGGAAGGAUUCAGCAAUGCUCAUGGAAUCUUCAGAUUGUCAUAAAAGUUCAAGCUCAAAUGCAUUUAGUCUGAUGAUUGCAAACUCUGAACACAAUCAGUCCAGCAGUGGGUGCAGUAGUGAGCAGUCCACUAAAGCCAAAACACAAAAGGAAUUGCUGAAAACACUGCAAGAGCUGAAAGCUCACCUUCCUUCUGAGAAGAGAGUCAAAGGCAAAUCCAGUGUCCUAACGACGUUGAAAUAUGCCCUUAAAAGUAUUAAACAAGUUAAAGCCAAUGAGGAAUAUUACCAGUUGUUGAUGAUUAAUGAAUCCCAACCUGCUGGUCUCAAUGUGUCAUCCUACACAGUGGAAGAAGUGGAGACUAUAACCUCAGAAUACAUAAUGAAAAAUGCGGAUAUGUUUGCUGUAGCUGUUUCUUUGAUAACUGGGAAAAUUUUGUACAUCUCUGAUCAAGCUGCUUCUAUUCUCCGCUGCAAGAGGGGUUAUUUUAAAAAUGCCAAGUUUGUGGAGUUCUUGGCACCUCAGGAUGUCAGUGUGUUCUAUACUUCUACCACCCCAUACAGAUUACCAUCAUGGAACAUUUGCAAUAGAGCUGAGUCUUCCACUCAGGACUGCAUGGAAGAGAAAUCUUUUUUCUGUCGCAUCAGUGCGGGAAAGGAGCGUGAAAAUGAGAUUUGCUAUCACCCAUUCCGGAUGACUCCUUACCUUAUCAAAGUGCAAGAUCCAGAAAUAGCAGAAGACCAGCUUUGCUGUGUGUUGCUUGCAGAAAAAGUCCAUUCUGGUUAUGAAGCACCCAGAAUUCCUCCUGACAAAAGAAUUUUUACAACCACACACACACCGACCUGUUUGUUCCAGGAUGUAGAUGAAAGAGCAGUACCUCUGUUGGGAUACCUACCUCAGGAUUUAAUAGGAACGCCAGUCUUGGUGCAUCUUCACCCAAAUGACAGACCCUUAAUGCUAGCAAUUCACAAAAAAAUUCUUCAGUAUGGAGGGCAGCCUUUUGACUAUUCACCAAUCAGGUUUUGCACUAGGAAUGGAGAUUAUAUCACCAUGGACACCAGCUGGUCCAGUUUCAUCAACCCCUGGAGUCGGAAAGUUUCGUUUAUUAUUGGAAGGCACAAAGUUAGGACGGGUCCCUUAAAUGAAGAUGUCUUUGCUGCUCCUAACUACACAGAGGACAGAAUCCUUCACCCCAGUGUUCAGGAGAUCACUGAGCAGAUCUACCGGCUCUUACUGCAGCCUGUACACAACAGUGGAUCCAGUGGCUAUGGAAGUCUGGGUAGCAAUGGUUCACAUGAGCACUUGAUGAGUGUGGCAUCCUCCAGUGACAGCACAGGAAAUAAUAAUGAAGACACUCAUAAGGAUAAACCUGAGGUUUGUCAAUAUGCCCGUAAGGUCAAGAGUAAAGGACAGCAUAUUUUCACUGACAGUAAAGCAAAACUGGACUCUAAGAAAGAGUCUUUUGCAGAAAAACAGAAUGCUGCUGGUGGUCAGGUGAAAGGUGUAGGGGGAAAGGAUACUGCAGGAACAGCUGCUCCAAAAAAUGUGACUACUGAGGAGUUGGCUUGGAAAGAACAACCUGUGUAUUCCUAUCAGCAGAUCAGCUGUUUGGACAGUGUUAUCAGGUACUUGGAGAGUUGUAAUGUGCCUGGUACAGCGAAAAGAAAAUGUGAACCUUCAACAAGUGUUGCAUCACUGAGUUCUGGAGUUCAUGAACAAAAAGCAGCUGAUAAUUCUAUCCAGCCACUGGGAGAUCCUGCUGUGUUGAAGGCAUCUGGUAAAUCAAGUGGUCCCCCAGUGGUUGGUGCUCACUUAACAUCUUUGGCUUUACCUGGCAAGCCUGAAAGUGUUGUGUCUCUCACCAGUCAGUGCAGCUACAGUAGCACCAUUGUUCACGUUGGAGACAAAAAAACACAACCUGAAUUAGAAAUGAUAGAAGAUGGUCCAAGUGGAGCAGAAAUCAUAGAUGGCCAACUUCUCGCCCCUCCACCCAGCUCUGCACACGUAAAUCAGGAGAAGGAGCCAUUUAAAAAACUGGGACUUACAAAGGAGGUCCUUGCAGUGCAUACACAAAAAGAGGAGCAGAGCUUCUUGAAUAAAUUUAAAGAAAUCAAGAGAUUUAAUAUUUUUCAAUCACACUGCAAUUACUACUUACAAGAUAAACCAAAAGGACGGCCUGCUGAACGUGCUGGCCGUGGACAAAGAAACACCACUUCUGGAAUGGAUCAGCCUUGGAAGAAAAGUGGAAAGAACAGGAAAUCGAAGCGCAUUAAACCACAGGAAUCUUCAGACAGCACCACUUCUGGAGCUAAAUUCCCCCAUCGCUUCCCCCUCCAGGGUUUGAAUGCCACAGCUUGGUCGCCAUCAGAGACGUCCCAAGCUAGCUACUCAGCAGUGUCCUUCCCCACUGUCAUGCCUGCAUAUUCCCUUCCUGUUUUUCCAGCAGCAGGGACGGUGCCACCGGCUCCUGAAACGUCACUUUCUGGUUUUAAUCACUUGCCAGACUCUGGAAACACUUGCCCUGUGCAGCCAUCUCAGUUCUCUGCACCCUUCAUGACCCCCAUGGUGGCUCUUGUGCUCCCCAACUACAUGUACCCAGAGAUGAACAAUAACUUGCCUCCAACGCUUUACCCCAGCCAGCCCAACUUCCCUGGCCAUCCCGCCUUCUCCUCACAGACAGUGUUCCCAGCACAGCCCCCCUUUGCCACAGCCAGCCCCUUCCCACAGCAGGCGUUCUUCCCAGCACAGCCAUUCCAGUACAACCCCCCAGCAGAGACUGAGAAGGCUCCUGUGGCAGAGCCACGCAAUGACCCCUCCCGUUCCUGCACUCCGCAGUCGCCGGGGCCUCAGGACCAGGCUUCACCACCUCUCUUCCAGUCCAGGUGCAGCUCUCCUCUGAAUCUUCUACAGCUGGAAGAAACCACAAAAACUGCAGAGAGUGGAGCUCCUGCGGGUUUGCACGGAGCUUUGGGUGAGGAAGGAGCCAUAGGCAAGAUCAGGACAGCGGAUAACGGCAGUGGGAAGGAAUCCUUACCUGCUGAGUCUCCAAUGGAUGCUCAAAACAGCGAUGAACUCUCUAUGUCCAGUGUCCUGCUUGACAUUUUACUGCAAGAGGAUGCAUGUUCAGGCACUGGCUCAGCCUCUUCAGGGAGUGGUGUGUCUGCAGCUGCUGAGUCCCUGGGCUCUGGGUCCAAUGGCUGUGGCAUGUCAGGGAGCAGAACAGGUAGCAGUGAAACUAGUCACACCAGCAAGUACUUUGGAAGCAUUGAUUCCUCAGAGAAUCACCAUAAAACCAAAAUGAAGACAGAAAUGGAAGAAAGUGAGCACUUCAUCAAAUACGUGCUUCAGGAUCCCAUCUGGCUGCUGAUGGCUAACACAGAUGACACAGUGAUGAUGACUUACCAGAUCCCCUCACGGGAUUUGGAAACAGUUUUAAAAGAAGAUAAGCAGAAAUUAAAGCAAAUGCAGAAACUGCAGCCAAAAUUUACAGAAGAACAAAAAAGAGAGCUUAUUGAAGUUCAUCCAUGGAUCCAGCAAGGUGGACUGCCAAAAACUGUUGCUAAUUCUGAAUGUAUUUUUUGUGAGGACAAUAUACAGAGCAAUUUUUAUACAUCGUAUGAAGAAGAAAUCCAUGAAAUGGACCUUAAUGAGAUGAUUGAAGAUAGUGGAGAAAACAACUUGGUUUCCCUAAAUCAAGUCAGUGAAGAGCAAACAUAGCCUUUGAGCCUGUUGUUUUGAAAAUUGCUUCAAAACAACAGUGAAGGAUCCAUAAAGGUUUUAAUCUUUUAUCCAGCAGGAUGAAUCCAGCUUAUAAAAGCAAAUGUGUUUUUCUUGCUCUAGAAGAGUCAUUUGUGAAUGAAUCUCUUUUUAAAUGGUGGCAAUCUCUUCCCAGUAAGGACAUUGUUGAAGAUGGUAUAGCUUUUCUUUAAAAGACUCAUUUUGCACUUACAUGCCUCAAGUAUUUCUUUAUAAACUAUAGAAACUCUCAUUGAUGCCUACUGUUUUUUGUAGAGUGGGUUAAGAAGUGCUGGAAAUCUCCUCACGUACAUACGGUUCUUCAAAUCUCCUUUUGGUGAUGAUUCAGCAUUAUAAAUUGUUGAGCAAUUUUGCUUAGUGGCUCUUUAGCAUUGUUCUUAAUAUUUGAAGUGGUCCAGCAUAGUAGAAGAAAUAACCUUCAAGGAAAUCAAUUCACACUUGCCCUUCUCAUACCACUUGAUCCCAUCCUCUUUGUUUGUGUCCUCUAGUUUUGAAUGUAGGAACUUUUUUUGUCUAAGAGGAAUGUUGAGCUAGUUUUGUAAGAUGGUCAGGGGUUAAAUUCAUGUUGAUGUGUAAGUACAGAGGAGUGCUGACAAUUUUGUAGCCUUUUGUUUAAAUGGACACUGCAAAACUAUGAACUGUUUAUUACCUUGAAGCAUAAUUUCUGAGAAUUUAUACUCAAGAAAUCCUUAUGCUUAAUGAUUUUAAAAACUUAAGACCACAGAGGAUGACUGGCCCUGCUCCAGUGGCUGUUAGCCAGGGCUUGGGGUAACUUUAACCUUUAUUUCUGACCUGUUCUGUCAGGAGGUUGGCCAUCAGUUUUUCCAAUGUGGCUAAACAAACAUUAAAUUUGUAUGUGGCGAGGGAGGAUUGUGUUAUCAUUUGAAGAUUGUUCUUAUAAAAAAGAAGUGAUUUUGAGAAUAGUGUUGACUUACUCUAUUUGAUUUACAUAAUCUCAAAUUUAGCGUGGCUGGAAUCAUUUGUUGUCAAAGAUUUCAUUUUAAUGCCUCUGAGAUUGUAUUGACUU